AAGAAAUUAUAAAAGCGGGCAUUAACUGAGAAAAGAUUGCGCGGCGGUGGCUUAAACGCUCCAGAUUUGAUUGAUAGGUGGGCUAAAUGUACGGCGACGGAGAUGGGUUAGGGUCCAUCAGACAAGAAUACAGAGUAGUUAUGGACCCCAAAAGUCCAUACCCAAUUCGACGUCUUCAAUUCUCCUUCCUCCGUCUUCCUUAUACCUAAAAAGCCCUAAAACAAAGCCCUGGGUCCACUAGGGUUUGUUUCCUGUUUCAAGCCCAUUAUCUCCUUCUUCCUCCUCCAACCUCUUAAGGAAAAGGGAAAAAAGAAAACCCUAAACCUAAUUGUAGUUGCAGAGAGCUUCUGAUCAGCAAUUGAUCUUGAUUCCAAGCUCUGUGUUUCAAGCAGGAAACUCUUACCCGGUGAUGGUUCAUUGGCCCGAUCAUCCUUCCAGGCUGGAUUUCAGAACAUUAGUAGUAGGACUUUUUGCAUAGAGAUGGCUACCCCUACUGAUAACAGUGGCCCACCCAAUUUGGAUACACAGCCUAACAAGCCCAGCAGAAAGAAGUCCAUAGUAUGGGAACAUUUUACAAUUGAAACUAUUGAUGCUGGCUGCACCAGGGCCUGUUGUAAGCAGUGUAAAAAGUCAUUUGCCUACAUUACUGGCUCGAAGCAAGCAGGCACCAGCCAUCUCAAACGACACAUUGCCUUGGGGAUCUGCCCUGUAACCCGCCGUAAUAAGGAGAAAAAUAAACUGACUCCAUAUACCCCUCGUAACAAAACUGAAUAUUAUGCAAGUGGUACUGCUCCACCAAGAAAGCGCUACAGUGGAACUCCUGGAUCAGCAAGCAUUCCUUUGGAUCAGGACCAUUGCAGGUAUGAAGUUGCCAAGAUGAUCAUCCUGCAUGAAUAUCCUCUGCACAUUGUGGAACAUUCUGGUUUUAUUGAUUUUGUACGGACUCUUCAACCUCGGUUUAAUAUGGUGAGCUUCAAUAAUGUGCAAGAUGAUUGUUUUAGUGUGUACCUUAGGGAGAAGCGAGGCCUUUUUAAUUUUCUUGGUGGAAUUCCUGGACGAGUGAGCCUUACUGUGGAUCUAUGGACUUCAGAUCAAAGCUUAGGCUAUGUAUUUUUAACAGGACACUUCAUUGAUGGCGAUUGGAAAUUGCAUCGACGGAUUCUUAAUGUUAUCAUAGUUUCAUCUCCUGACUCAGAAUUUGCUUUCAAUCAUGCUAUUGCUGCAUGCCUAACUGAUUGGAAUUUGGAUACCAAACUAUUUACUAUAACUCUUGAUCAAUCCUUUGCGAAUGAAGCUGUUAGAGAGAAUCUCAGAGGUCUACUCACGAUCAAGAACCCACUUACUCUCAAUGGUCAACUGCUAAUUGGAAAUUGCUAUGCUCGUGUUUUAAGUCGACUUGCAGAAGAUGCGUUUGGUUCAAUUAGGGAAACCAUUAGGAAAGUUCGUGAAAUUGUCAAGUAUGUGAAAACUUCAGAAGCCCAGGAAGAAAAUUUUGUUGAUAUGAAGCAACAACUUCAAGUGCCCAGCUCAAAGAGCCUGGUCAUUGACAACAAAACAAAAUGGGACACUACUUAUCACAUGCUGGUGGCUGCCUCAGAAUUGAAGGAAGUGUUUUAUUGCUUGGAUACAUCUGAUCCAAAUUACAAGGAAACUAUAUCUAUGGAUGAGUGGAAACAGGUGGAAACUAUCUGUACAUACUUGAAGCUUUUAUUUGAUGCGGCUGACAUUCUAACUGCUACAACAUAUCCAACUGCCAAUACAUUCUUUCAUGAAGUGUGGAAAAUUCAGCUUGAGCUGACGCAUGCAGCCAUGAGCCAGGAUCCCUUGAUUAGCAAUCUGAUCACACCUUUGCAAGAAAAGUUUGAUAAAUAUUGGAAAGACAGCAGCCUGGUUUUGGCAAUUGCUGUAGUUAUGGAUCCGAGAUUCAAAAUGAAGCUUGUGGAGUUCAGCUUUUCCAGGAUAUACGGUGAGGAUGCUGAGACCUGGAUCAAGAUUAUUGAUGAGGGUGUUCAUGAACUAUUUCUUGAAUAUAUCAUGCACUUACUUCCUCCACCAACCUUUCUGAAAGAAGGAAAUGAAGUUCUUGCUAAAACAGAGAUACCUCAAGAAGGAUCCCUUCUUUGUGGUGGUGAUGGCCUCUCAGAUUUCGAUGUUUACAUCUCUGAGAUUUCUAGCAAUCAACAGAUGAAAUCAGAACUAGAUCAGUAUCUGGAAGAAUCCCUUCUGCCUCGCUCUCAAGAUUUUGAUGUUUUGGGAUGGUGGAAACUGAACCGUUUAAAGUAUCCAGCUCUCUCCAAAAUGGCAUCUGAUAUUUUGUCAAUCCCGGUUUCUACUGUUGCUCCGGAUUCUGUGUUUGACACUGUAAGCAAGAAAAUGGAUGACUAUCGGAGUUCGUUGAGCCCUAUGACAUUAGAGGCACUUAUUUGUGCAAAGGAUUGGCUCCAGUAUGGAUCUUUAGAAUAUUUUAAUGCAAUUGUCAAAACAGAAAUUUAGGUUUAGAGGUAUUAUGUUUAAUUUGUAGAUUAGGUGUUUUGUGUAGUGUCUCUGUCAAUAGGCCGACUAAAGUCACCGAUCUCUAGUUAUCUUCAUUUCUUCGUCCAUUGCGAAAAUUUCCUAGGUUUAGUGCAUCAUCGUCUCUUUAGGGGUUGUUUGAUCGGAUUCAAUGCAUCACUUGUUAGAUUAGUGCGUCAAUCAUUUUAAUUGGCAUCUCUUGAUCCCCAUUAUUACUGUAUAUACCCUUUUUCUUACUGGUUUUUUGUACUAUGUAUCUGGCUGAUAUCCCAUUUUGUUACUUCAGACUAGGUUUUGUACAAAACCUAGGUCCUGUUCGACCGAAUUUGAAUGUGGCCCAUUGUCAGCUGUGUGGAAGUGUGCCAUGUUAGAUGUUGGAUUUAUUCGUAAUAUACAAUAUCAUAACGAACCUCUGAUGGUUUUGUUUGGAAA